AUGAACUCGGCACAGAAUAAAGUCAUGCCUCCCGAUGAAGUGGCCGGUCGAGCUCCGGCAGCAACAGCAGCAGGAGGGGCCCAUGAGGACGACAGCAACAAUGGCAGCAACACCAGCACCAGCAGCACCAGUUAUUCCAGUACAGCCAGAGAUGACGCUACCACUACUCGCGCCACUUCUUCAGCGGCUGGUGGUAGCAGCACAUCAUCAUCUUCCUCUUCUGAUGACGGCUCGUCGUCAUCGUCGUCAUCCCCCACAUAUCCGAGCGCCUCGACGGCCGCCGAGGCGAGGCUGAUUGAACGCCAUCGCCAUGCCAAUGGGUACACAUCGCGGCGCGUGUCUGUUCGGGAGCGCGUUUCGCACUUCACUUGGGCUUGGUUUGAGUGCACCAUGUCUACCGGUGCCGUGGCUACAUUACUGGGCCAGCAGCCUCAUACUUUUCCCGGUCUUCAAACCAUUGGCACCGUCUUCUUCAUUCUCGAUCUGGUCCUGUUUGUUGCAUUCACCUGCCUCAUCACUGCGCGCUUUGUCAUGCACCCGGGCGCACUGCGAUUGAGUCUUCAUCAUCCGCACGAGUCCUUUUACUUUGGUACUUUCUGGAUAUCCAUCGCCCUGAUCAUAUACGGUACCCAGGAGUAUGGCGUACCCAAUGCGGGUCCUUGGCUUGUCCGGGCGCUGGAGAUUUUGUUCUGGUGCGAGGCGGCUGGGGCGUUGCUCGUCGUCAUCUUCCAGUACCACAUUAUUUUCGAUGAAGAGGAGCUUCCCGUCAAGGAUGCAAUGCCUACCUGGCUCCUCCCGGCCUACCCUUUUCUCGUCUUGGGCCCUCUUGCCGCUGUUCUCGAGUCUUCUCAGCCGCUGCCCUCGGCCACGUCUGUAUUCAUUGGCGGGCUGGUGUUUGAGGGACUCGGCUGGAGUGUUGCUUUCAUCAUGUACACGGUAUACUUUACACGACUUAUAAAUAGCAAGCUGCCCACUGAAAGUAAGAGGCCAGGAAUGUUUGUGGCCGUCGGCCCAGCAGGCUACACCUCGAGCACACUGGCAGCCUUGGGCAUGCAGGCUCCGAGGGUGAUUCCGGCCGACUAUCUAGGUCUAUCAGUACCGACUGGCGAGCUGUGGAAGGCCAUGGCCGUGCCGGCCGCCAUGUUUGUGUGGCUGGUGGGCUUCUGGUUCUUUGCGCUGGCCGUGGUGUCGUGUCUCCGGGGUGCGCGGCGAAUGUACUUUACCCUCAGCUGGUGGGCGUUUGUCUUUCCCAAUGCCGGCCUCACCCUGGGCGCCAUCAUGAUUGCCAAUGCCAUUAAUUCGCCAGGCAUCAAGUGGCUAUGCAGUGCCGUCAGCGCCCUCAUCGUCGCUGUCUGGCUUGGGGUGGCUGCCAUGAAUAUCCGUGCCGUGUGGAAGCGACAGGUCCUAUGGCCCGGCGCCGACGAGGAUAUGGAGGAUUUAGAGGGCAGACUGGCUCAUGAUAAAGCGAGACAUGAUUGA